AUGAAGCCGCUGGUUUGGGUGCUGUUCGAAUUUUCGAUCAAGCUGAGAUUCGUCGCCAUAAUUGAGUCGAAACGGACGAGAUCUCCAAGCAUCUCAUUGACUCGAUCUCGACCAUCAAAAUACCACAGUAAAUUUUUGGAUCUGUCAUGUAGUUGUACUUCUUUAAGCAUUAAUAUGGCCUUAUCGAGAUGCUCUGCAAUGUCACUUAUGAUGCCACUGGCCCUCACAAGGUCGUGGGUCAGCGUUGUUGAUACACCUGUCGAUUCGUGGUCAUCAAAGAAAAACCGUGGUAUUCCCACUAGGAAUUGUGCAAAAGUUGCAACCAUUUUAUGCCCUUGCAGCGAGGUGCAGCCAAUUUCGAGGGCACUUUAUAUGCAACUAGCUGCAGUGUGUGUGUUGUCUGGCCCGCAGUAUGUAUGGAAUGCGUCAGGCGUGCGUCUUAUCUUUAUUUUGGUUUCGGUUUUGUGUCACAAUGCAAAACAUUUUGGUGCGAUGAGAUGCACAGAACAAAGUUGCAUAAACGUUUGCACCAUGGCCAAAUCAGCUCGGAAAAAGUUCUCUUCGGCUCCAGAUCCCACCGGCACAAAGGUCUCGGCUGAGAAACACUUGAACUCGGUUUUCAAGUUCAACACCAACUUGGGCCAGCAUAUAUUGAAAAAUCCAUUGGUAGCUCAAGGCAUCGUUGAUAAAGCUCAAAUUAAACCUUCAGAUAUAGUAUUGGAAGUUGGUCCUGGUACGGGAAAUUUGACAGUGAGGAUCUUGGAGCAGGCCCGGAAAGUUAUAGCGUCGGAAAUGGAUCCUAGAAUGGCAGCAGAAUUGACAAAGAGAGUUCAUGGUACCCCACAGCAGAAAAAAUUGGAAAUUUUGUUGGGAGAUUUUAUCAAGACAGACCUUCCAUACUUCGACGUAUGCAUUUCUAAUACCCCAUACCAAAUCUCGUCGCCCUUGGUGUUCAAAUUACUCAACCAACCUCGACCACCUAGAGUAUCCAUUCUUAUGUUCCAAAGAGAAUUUGCAUUAAGAUUACUUGCAAGACCCGGCGACUCUCUUUAUUGCCGGUUGUCAGCCAAUGUACAGAUGUGGGCGAAUGUAACCCAUAUAAUGAAGGUUGGAAAAAAUAACUUUAGACCUCCUCCGCAAGUGGAAUCUUCAGUGGUGCGAAUCGAGAUUAAAAAUCCCAGACCAAAUAUCGAUUUUGACGAGUGGGAUGGCUUGUUGCGGAUCUGUUUCGUCAGAAAGAACAAGACCAUUGCAGCCGGUUUCAAAUCGCAAAAUGUUUUGGAAAUUUUGGAAAAAAAUUAUAAAACUUAUCUCGCUACUCACGAGGAUGCCAUGAUGAUCGACCAUAAAGACACCACCAAUACUGUAAAGGAGCUCAUUGAUAGAGUGCUUCAGGAGACAGGAUUUGCUGAAAAAAGAUCUGCCAAAAUGGACCAAACCGAUUUUCUUAAAUUACUCUAUGCCUUUCACCAAGUGGGCAUUCAUUUUGCAUAA